CUGGCCGCGAGAGGCAGAGAUCGCAUCGCACCGGGGCUGGGAUGCGCUCAGGCCCGUGCCCAUCGCCGCCCGCAUCGCGGCUCCGGCAGCCGGCGAGUGCCAGGCCUGGCUUGGUUUUGGAUGAGUGUCAGUUCUCUCAUACCCGCGGGAUCGAGCUGCCUGCUGCUGUUAAUGCUGACCCGCAGGGUCACAGCGGGGCGAGGGCCUGAGGUCACCCUUCAAGGAGGACAGAGUACAAUGAAACACUCUGGAGUAAUUAUAGUAGCUGGGGUGAAAGAUAGGUCUCGUUUUGCUUCUAUUUCACCAGUUUCCUGGACUUCAGGUUCGGGCAGAAUUCUGGGUACCUUGAAGUCUUUUGUUGUGACUCUCCCAGACAUGUGAAGGAGUGGGUGCGGCACCGGUCGGGGGCUGUAAGGGUUCUGGGCAGCUCUAGGUGUCAAACUCAAAUUAGACUUCUAAAAGUCAGUCAGUAGAUAUAAACAUAUGUAAAUAUCAAUAACCGGCUGGAUUUAUAUAUUCAUCUCUGAUGCAUAUCAAUCUGCAAUUCACUUCGAUAGAGUUCUUUUCAGAUGAAGUCGUGCUCCUGUGGUUAUAACCCCUUUUUCAGUGGAUUAGGGAAAUCAAGGUUCUCCUUAUUUAGCUGCUGUCGCCCGCUGUGACGAUGGACAGCGAGGUGCAGAGGGAUGGCAGGAUCCUGGAUCUGAUCGAUGAUGCGUGGAGGGAAGAUAAAUUACCCUACGAGGACGUGGCCAUCCCUCUGAAUGAGCUCCCUGAACCAGAGCAAGACAACGGUGGCACCACUGAGUCUGUGAAAGAGCAAGAAAUGAAGUGGACAGAUUUGGCUCUCCAGUACCUCCAUGAAAACGUUCCACCCACGGGAAAUUAGUGAAUCAGUGGGGUUUCAUACAGUGGAUCCAUGAAUACAACAUAAAAAUAUUUUUCAGUUGACCAUUGCUGUCAUCAGCUGCCCUAAGGAAGAAACAACAUUUCAGAAACUUUCAGAUAACAACAGUCGUUCUGCUCACAAUGAAGAGUUUAAAAUGCUUCUUUCUUGAAUGUGAAAUAGCAGAGGUUCUGACAUCUCAGAGCCAAGUGCAAAAUGUUUCAUGCUUAUAAGAUUAUUUCACAUUUUCUGUUAAACUGUUCUUAAGUUGGUGCUAAUUCUGAUCUUAAAUGCUUUCUACCCAUGAUUAAAAAGGUUUUUACUGUCCCAAAUUGCAACUGA